AUCGGUCUUGACUGUUUGGUGUGUUAAUUCAAAAGGAUGCCCCGUUCCUAGCAUUUGUUUUGGUUUGUUUCUCUUCUUUUGUUCUCAUGGCCUCUGUUUGGAUUCUCAGAAAAUACUCCCUAGAAAGAAAAUAACAAUUCGGAAUAUUAGUCACUGGUUUUUGCAAUCCUACGUUUUCUCAGCAACCGAACGGAGCAAAGAGGGACACACAAAUUCCGUUGAUUUCGGGUUACAUUUCAUUCUACAGUCUGGACAUGAUCAUUGAGUCUUCCUCAUCCUUGGCAGCAAAAUUGAGAUCAUUCUCACUUGGUGCUAACAAUCAAGUAGUUGAGCUUGCUUUUUUCCUUUAAAAACAUAUGCACAUACUGGGACCAUACUAGAUGGUUUUGGCCAUUAAAUCUAAAUGAGGGCUAAAGGUUUUAAUAUUCACUGGUAGGUGUUUGUUUUGGAAUGUAGUGUUUGAGGUUAAGAUUUUCUGAGGUUUUGUUUUCUAAGCUUUUUGACUUAGUGAGCAGCUAAAUAAAGCCAAAACUUGUGAGAGUAGUGAUGCAAUAGCUGAUGUGAAAAACUGUUGAAUUACAACAACUGAUCAAUGAGGAGAGAAAAAAAUGGUGACAACAAUGAAGACCACAUGAGAUAGAGAAUAGCGACAAUAAAGGCCAUUGGAAAUCGAUAAGGAUGAAGACCAUUAGGAAAAAAAAAUUAGAAUUGAACUUAGAGACCUGGAACAUACGCUGAUACCAUGUAGAAAAGAAUGAUUUUAUUUAUGUAUUUCUGACAAAAUGAUACGGUAUUUAGAGUGUACAGUUGUAUAAAAGUUGAAAACUAAAUUACACAAAAUCAGGAAGUUGACUAAUUCCUAAAUAUUCUUUACCCUACAAAUUGGAAAAAUAAAAUAGGAAAGUAUACAACUAUACAAUCUUGAAAAUCAGGGAAUUAAUUUCAUACAACUGUACAAUCUCGGAAAUCAGGGAAUUAAUUCCUGGUAUUUGCAAUAUGAUGAACAUCUCUCAUUUCAAAAUGGUGAAUUGGUAGGAGAGAUUUUUAAUGUUUAGAGAAUGAGAUAUGGAUAGGUAGAGCCCAUGUGGAGUCCACUGACGGAUGGUACAACCCAAUUGAAAAGAACAUUUUGAGAAACAUUUUGGGAAUUAAUAUUAGAGUGCAUAAAUUUCUAAAUAUUUUUAAAUUUAAAAAGAUAUUUAUUUGUUUAUAAAUCAUGGUACUGAAACAAACUUUUCCCUGUUAUUUAUGUUGAAACUAUAGUAAUAAAAGUGUCUCUACUGCCUUUUUUAUUUGAUUUUGAUGAAUUUAUGCAUGUCUGUUGGUUAGACUGGUUUUUUCCUCAUGGAGUAUCUAGCUCUCCAAAUUAAAGAAUGUGUGAUUGAUGUUAUCAUUUACUCUAAUCUUUGAAGCAUCUUCGCCACAAGUCUAGUUUUCUCUUUUCCAUUGUUGUUACUCACAUUUCCAAUUUGGUUUGGUGCUUUCUGUAGGUUUGUAUGCUUUUACUUUGAAGUGUCUGUCUUAAUGUAUUGAGGAACACCUGUUUUAAUGUAUUGAGGAACACCUGACUGUUGUUUGCCUGAAAGAACCAGUAAGCAAAUUUGAGAACUGGAUCAAUCUGAUAUGGUUAUGAUGGAAAAGCAAACUAGGACGGAUAGGAUUAGCAAUCUGCCAUGGGAUGUGUUGGACGCUAUCCUUGUGCACUUGCCACUAAAAGAUGCUGCAAGGACUAGCAUCUUAUCAAGUAAGUGGAGAUAUAAAUGGAUUAGCCUUUCACAGUUUGUAUUUGAUGAUAAAUGCUUCUCCAAUACUUUAUUGAACAAAGUAGACAGAUGGGGUGAGAUUAUGAAAAUUAUUCAUCGUGUCCAGAAAAAUCACAGUGGGCAAAUAGACAAGUUCAAGCUUGCUGCUUAUUGCUGUCCAAAUCACUUGGAUUUAGAUCAGUGGAUGCACUUUUUAGCAGAGAAAGGCAUUAAGGAGUUUGUCCUUAAGGAGUUCUAUUUUAUCAGGCGCUUUAAGUUGCCUUGUUGUCUAUUCUCUUGUCAACAACUAAGACACUUGGAGCUGUAUGGUUGCACAUUCAAACUUCCACCCGAAUUUAAAGGAUUUAAGUGUCUUGCAAGCCUACAGCUCAGACAAGUCUGUGUAGACAGUGAUACACUUGAAAGUCUGAUUCUUCAAUGCCCUGUUCUUGAGAGUUUGAUUCUGUUAAAAAUUGAUGGUUUAACAUGUCUUAAAAUCCACAAUCCAAAUCUGAAGUACUUGAAAAUAUAUACUGAAUUUGGGAAUAUCUAUCUUGAAAAUAAUCCACUUCUUUCAAGUAUUGAUAUUCACCCAACAAGUGUGAACUUAGAAAUGAACAUGUUCUGUUCCCUUGAAGAAUGGAAAGCUUGCAAUUUGUUCAGGGUUCUUGGUUGCUUGUCUGGUGUUAAGAGGCUCUCUCUCUCUGGACACUUUCUUGAGUUUUUAGGUACUUCAAAUGUACCAGAGAGACUGCCUGAGAGGUUCAACCGGCUCAUGGCCCUUGAGCUAAGGGAAGUAAGUUUUAAAAGUUUGAAUGAAGUAAUGGUUUUUCUUGCCAUCCUCCAAAGUGCCCCAAAUUUAGAGGAACUCUCUAUCUCACAUCGUGAUUUAGAAGUUGGAUCAUAUGACAUACCUAUUGUGGAGUUCCUGAAAUCGCGUUAUCUAUUGGGCUCUCUCAACCAUCUCCAGGUAGUAAGAAUGAGAGGUAUCAUGGUUAGCAGACCUGAAUGGGAACUCAUCAAGUUAAUACUUGCUAGUUCCCCAGCGCUUAAGACGAUGACCAUUGUUAAAUACAGAGGUUCGAGGAUUCCAGAAUCAGUGUUUCUGCAAGUUGAGCGGGCUUCGGAAAAUGCAAAAAUUAUAUCCUUAACAUUAUAGGCCAUCAUAUUUAUGAUGUAAACUCUUUAUCUGUCAUAGCUGUUUAUAUAGCCUGUGUUUAACCUUAUCAACCAUAUUGUUCAUGCUGUUUUAUCUUUUCAUUUCAGACAACAGGUUAUCAAUCUAACACACUUCGCUGAGAUUCUUUUGCACUAAA